AUGAAGCUGCUCAUUUGGGCCUGUAUCCUGUGUGUUGCUUUUGCAAGGAAGAGGCGUUUCCCCUUCAUUCGUGAGGAUUACGAUGGCUAUCGUUACCCACUUAAUCCAUCUCUGAAUGUUCCUUUUGGUCUAUGGAACAAUAAUUUGCCACCUGCUACUUCCUCUGCUGGUUAUCCCCAAGUGAACACCGUCCCCAAUUACCCUGGGCAUGCUGCCUCUGGCUCCGAGGCACCUUCCUAUCCCUGGAUUCUCAGUGCUUCUGGGAAGCCCUAUGCAUACCAACAAGUCCCUGGUUAUCCUUCAGCUAGAGGGUAUAACGCUCAGGCUAAUGCACCUGGGGCAGCCCCCCUUGGCCAACCUGGUGCUGUUCCUGCUGCACCUGCUGCUCCAUCUAAUGCCGCUGAGCCCCCUGCAGCCUUGCCUCCUCCACCAGAGCCUGCUGCAGCCCUACCUUCUCCACCGGAGCCUGCUGCAGGGAUACCCCCUCCCUCAGAGCCUGCCGCAUCUGUACCUCUUCCAUCAGAACCUGCUAUGGCUCAGCCUGCUGCACCUCAGCGUGUUGCAGCUCAUCCUGCUGCAGCCAAACCAGCUGCAGCCGAACCUGCUUCAUCCAAGCCGGCUGCAGCUGACCCCGCUGUACCCAGACCUGCUGGAGCCGACCCUUCUGCUGAGCCUCCUGCAAACAAACCUAUCUCUGCCGCAGAGGCAGCCGCAGCUGAGCUUGCCGAAGCCGAGCCCCUUGCCCCUGAGCCUUUCCUAUUUGACUCUACUGCAGAUGAGCCUACUAUAGAUGAGCCUGCUGUAGAUGAACCUCUUACAACUAACCCUCUCAUCGUCCAGCCUCUUUCCCUGGAAGAUCCUUAG